AAGCCCAUCCAAACAAUCCGAAGCGGCAGCCAUGAGGGGUGGGCCCCAUCAGAUAGUGACCCUUGAAUGCGAUCCAAACGCAAGCAGACGAGCAGCCUCUUCCGUUGCUCUCCAUCCAUCCCUCAUCUAUCCAUCCAUCCAUCCACAUACCUCCAUCAUUCAUCAGCCAUAGCGUCGGGAUUCGAGCCAAAAGCCGUUUCCGAUUCUUCUAGACAGAUAUAUUCAUGACUGAGUUUCGUGAAAACCGGAAUUCCUCUGGUGGGUAGGUAGGCAGGCAGCCAUGUUCGGUUCGGGGAUGAAUCUGAUCACGACCGUGAUCGGCUUCGGGAUGAGCGUCACGUUCAUCAUCUUCAUCUGCACGAGGCUCAUCUGUGGAAGGAUCCGCUCUGUCGAUUCGAGGGCCGCGACGCCCGCCUUCGAGACAGAGCUGCGAUUUGAGCGAGAGCAUGUGAUCAAUGGCCUCGAACCAGUAGAUGUUGCUGCAUUGCCCACAAUGAAGUUUGACAGAGAGGCUUUCCCUUCAAGAGAAGACGCACAGUGUUCGAUAUGCUUAGGCGAGUACGAAGAUAGAGAAAUAUUGCGAAUUAUGCCGACAUGCGGUCACAAUUUUCAUCUCACAUGCAUAGACACAUGGCUUCAAAAACAAUCGACUUGUCCUGUUUGUCGUUUGUCAUUACAGGAUUCUUUUGAAGACAAACACAUGAUAUCUCCCAUUUCCAACACGACUCUUCAAUCCUUGGAGAGUCCUGAGGUUGCGAGCGACCGCUCUUAUCAGUGGCUACUACCUAACCAAGAGCGAUCAUCGGGCAGUGUAAGUAACCAAGAGCAGCGUGGACCUGUAGCCCAAAACUCCGAAUCUAUACAUGCUAGAGAAGUACAAAUGAGAUAGCGAAAGAGAUUAUAAAACUCUGAACUAGUUUAGGAAGUAGGGUAUGGUCACUGUGGCUUGAUAUAGCAUGAAUACUAUGUAGAUCGUGAUCGCUGAUAGUAGUGAGAAAUCUUUCUUUCUUUCUUUUU